AUGUCAACUACAAAUAAAAAAUCAAGACGUGGGAGAAAGGCAUACAUAACGCCAGAAAAGACAGACACAACCGGCCAAUGUCAUUUUAUGAUUGUCAGGCGUGUUACAGAUAUUGCCAAGAAUAAAAAGAAAAAUAAUUUUUCAAGAAUGGACACUGACUCCUUGAUUAAAUUCACUGAGCGUUUUGUACCCUCCACGACUUGCGAUCAAAACGAUGCAAUUAUCAAUCAAAACAUUGCUCCACAAUAUUUCAACCCUGUGCCUUUUGAUAUAAGAUCUUUUCAAUAUUAUCAGGAUUAG